GUGUGGCCGAUCAAAACAGAGGGCAAAGUUAGUCAGCAAGUUGCAUAGCUUCUGCAUUCUGGUUCUUCAAGCCUCUUUUGUAUGAAGUUUAGCACAAUGUUUUACACUGUGUUUGACCUGAAUGGCAUGUUGGAGAAAACAAUGAAAGGAGCGGACAAAGCGAUUGUGGCAAAGUCCUUUGGAAAAUGGAAAAGCAGCUCUCUAAGGUCCAGGACCAUGGAGAAGCCGGAUGAGCCGUCCGAGGAGAGUAUGGAGGCGAGCCUUUCCAAAUGCACCUGUGAAGACCCCCAACUCGCCAAGAAACCAGUUGAUAAUGAAUUACACGAUCGCUUCCUGAGAGAAAACAAGUGUGAAAACAGUAGCCGGGGUGAACAGUGUGGAUCUGGCAUCUUAUCCUUCAGUGCUCUCCGAAAACCGCUAUCAAAGAUGGAUUCUGAAGGUGAGGAGCAAACCUUCAAAACAUGCAGCAAUAGUACAGGCCUGGUUGAUUGCAUCCCUGAGAGCCACAGCCCAUAUGGGUCUGCAGCGAGGAAGAGGAGCGCCCAGGAUGGGGUGCAGGGCGCCCCUGUCAAUAAGCGAAAGUCCCUGCUGAUGAAACCCCGCCACUACAGCCCCAGCGACGCGUGUGAAGAGGAGAGCGAGGACCUGGCACCGCCACAGGACAAAGAAGAGCUGAGGAACAUUGACACUCCAGCAGAUGGAAAUUUUAAAGCUGUGAACGGAGUGGCUGUCAAAAAUGGCUGCCUGGAUGCUGCUUCAAAGUCCUGCAGUUUGCUCAGAUGGCCUGAAGUUAUGUCUAACAGCUCACCGCAGUGCGAGCCGGACACAUCUGAGCAUCUAAUGAUGGAGGAGGAUGAAGAGUUCCUUAACAAUGAGGCAGAGGACCAAAGUCAAGACAGGAUGAGCGGUACCUUAUCGCCGCAGAGUCCAUACGAAGACAUCAGGGAAGCUGAGUGGGAGCCCCUGUCUCUGUCUGCCAAAGACAACAGCUCCCACUGCAGCCCGUCCCGAGCCUCUGAAGACCUUUCAGGCAGGAACAGCCACAUGAAGGAAGAGUGCGAACUGGGCAGCCCAAUAGGCAGAGCGAGUAUUUUCCAAGCUGAAGCUUUAAGAUACAGGCUGCUCCCCACCGAGGAGGACAGCGAGGGGGAGGCGGAGGUAGAGAGGCUGCCCAGGCUCGACGGCUGGGCGCUGGGCCUCCACGAGAGAGGCCUCGACAUGAGCAGAGGGAGAGUGAACCUGAGCCUUUUGGAGCAGGCCAUCGCCCUGCAGACGGAGCAGAGGCAGGCCCUGCACCACGCCUACAGAGAAAUGGACCGAUUCCUGCUGGAGCAGAUGAGCAGUGAGAGAAGGCACCAUAGGAUGAUGGACAUAGAGAGCAGGCUACACUACCAUGGAGGGAAAGACUCUCCCAGGACAGAUAAAAAGGAUAUAAAGUGUCCAACCCCCGGCUGUGAUGGCACUGGUCAUGUGACGGGCCUGUACCCACAUCACAGGAGUCUGUCUGGAUGUCCUCACAAAGUCCGAGUUCCCCCAGAGAUCCUGGCAAUGCAUGAAAACGUCCUCAAGUGUCCUACACCUGGGUGCACCGGAAGGGGCCAUGUCAACAGCAACCGUAGCACCCACCGGAGUCUCUCAGGCUGCCCUAUUGCCGCCGCAGUGAAAGUCUCCAAACCUCAGGACGAGAGCCUGAAGUGCAGACAAACCCCUGACCGUUCGCCAAGGGCAAUCAGCUUGAUAAAGAAGUUUGAAAUGAACCAGCUGAACUACAGGCUAUCUCAUCCAGUAGCAGCCUUACAAACAAGCCUCACAAAAGAAAUGGACAAGUACAGCAGAAUUCGCUUUGAUUAUGCCAGCUUUGAUGCACAGGUCUUCGGCAAACAGCCACUGCUGGGGACCAAUCAUGACCAAGAAAUGUCCCAAUACCCUGACUCACCUCAGCAGUAUUCUGGCAUCCUUGGGGCUCCGGGUGGCCGCGUGCCCGUCUCUGGUCAACUCAGUCCGUCGAGUCAAUUUAAAAAAGAGGACAUUCACCAGGCCACAGCAGCGACAGCCGCCAUCCUUAACCUAUCCACCCGAUACCAGAAGAGCAUGGAGACCAUCAGCAGCCAGGCCUUGGCAACCUCCACCAAGGAUAUGCUCAUUGAGGUGGAUGAAAACGGGACCUUGGACCUGAGCAUGAAAAAGUGCAAGGAGAACGGAAAAGCUCAGGCCAAGACACCUUUGGAUGAAUUGCUGCCUCCUCCCGAGUCCGUCAUGGCGAAAGGCGGGAGUUUGCUCAUCAACCCCACCUUCUACCAGCCACUGUGCGACCGAGAAACCUGGGAGAACUCCAUCCCUGCCAACUUCAGCAAAGCACAUGUUCUACAGGACAAAGAGCAGGAGGAUUAUGAUCAGGUGUCCUUGGAGGACCAGCACUAUCCAGGGGACGGCAGUAUGUUAAGCCCCAAAGCCAAGCUGCUGUUACGAGAUUCAAAGAAGGAGCUUUUGAGCUGUCCGACCCCAGGCUGUGACGGCAGUGGCCAUGUGACGGGGAAUUAUGCAUCGCAUCGGAGUGUGUCUGGAUGUCCCCUGGCUGACAAAACUCUCAAAUCACUGAUGGCAGCCAACUCUCAGGAACUAAAGUGCCCAACACCUGGCUGUGAUGGAUCUGGACAUGUGACUGGGAACUAUGCUUCGCACAGAAGCUUGUCAGGGUGCCCACGUGCCAGAAAAGGAGGUUUGAAGCUCACACCAAAUAAGGAUGAAAAAGAUGAGCAGGAGCUGAAGUGUCCCGUGAUUGGAUGUGAUGGACAGGGCCAUAUAUCGGGGAAAUACACAUCCCACCGCAGUGCAGGCAGUUGUCCGCUUGCUGCUAAAAGACAGAAAGAGUCAUCCAUCGACGGUCUGCCCUUUGCCUGGAAGAGCAACAAGCAAGAACUGCCCCAUUGUCCCCUGCCUGGCUGCAACGGCCUCGGACAUGCUAAUAAUGUAUUUGCCACUCACCGAAGCUUGUCAGGGUGCCCGUUGAACGCACAGAGCAUCAAGAAAAAGUAUUCAGAGGAGGAGAUGAUGACUAUCAAACUGAAAACUAGUAGUGGUGUUGAAAACAAAGAAGACAUUCACCAUCUGGACCAUGAAAUCAAGGAGCUGAACAACUCCAAUAUGAAAAUAGAAGAAGACAUGAUGCAACUCCAAACACAGCAGAUCUCGUCAAUGGAAUGUAACCUGAAGACAAUUGAGGAGGAAAACAAGAUGAUCGAACAGCACAAUAAUAGCCUUUUGAAGGAGCUAGCUCGCCUCAGCCAAGCUCUCAUUAACAGCCUGACAGAUAUUCAGCUGCCUCAAAUGGGACCCAUCAGCGAGCAUAAUUUUGAAGCCUAUGUGAACACAUUAACGGAUAUGUACAACAACUCGGAGCAUGAAUACUCCCCGGAGUGCAAGGCCCUCUUGGAUAAUAUCAAACAGGCUAUUAAGAGCAUCCAUGUUUAAGCUGCAGAGCUACCAAGAGGUCCCUUUGACUUGGGAUAAUGGCACUAGAUAGCUAUAUUUCACUAAAGAGUGCUGGCUCAACUCGGAAAUGUGUUCGGCAAUUCCUUGUUAAACAAGCUGCACUGAGAAAAUUACCAGCCAGAUUUGUAAUGCUCUUACUGUUUCUACAUUUAUCCUGGUGAGAUUUCUUUUUUAUUAUUAUUUAUUUUUACCCUCUUCUUGCACUUAAUUAUUUUCUAUGGUUUGCUUGAUUUUAAUCUGUACGUGUUCAUGUCAUUCUUAUAUUAUUGCUAUUUAUUAUUAUAUUCCUUCCUCAGUGUAUUUAUUUCCUCAGAUUUUAUUUAUUUCUUGAACUGUAAAUGCUUACUAUUUGAGAAAUCUGUUGGUUUUUCUGCACAUUGUAAAUUUCACAGAAGCACAUUCCAGUUUUUAAUGGCAUACUUUCGCCAUCUAGUGUUGAAAAAGCUAGUCUAUUAUUACUCUUCUUCUUAGUUCUUGAGUUUAAUCUCCCUUCAAAGAAAAAAAAGCUACCAAAACUAAGUAUCACCAGUUUUAGGCAUUGCUUUCACUUUUGUUAUUGGGAACUGAAUGUAUUAGACAAAGUGAGAUUUAAAAAAAUGAUGAUAAUAAUGAAAAUAAAUGCAAUGCAAGAGUACUGUACCUUUUUAUACUCAAGGUGAAGGAGUGAGAAUGCAGCAUCAUUUAGGGAAGCGAAUGUGAGUUUAUGCCACAAAAGGAGCGCAACUUAAAAGAAAAAAAAAAUCAAAUAUUCACUUUGUCACAAUGUCUUUCUUUUUUUUUCAAACAGAAUUAUAGAUAUUAAACUGCCUUCUGUGCACACACCGUGAAGUGUGCAUAUAGUAUGUGCCUAAAUGUAUAUGAAUCCAUGAAAAUAUACAAGUACUAUGUUUUGUGGUAGGACAGUAUUACGUGGAUGGUGUCUAAUUUAUUCUACAGUACAAUUAUUUUCAUAGGAGGACAAGUUCCUGAUGACUGUUUGAAUACCGGUGUUUCAGUAGCUGUAAUCUCUUGAGUCAGGUUCUUAAAAUAUUACUGAGACUGAAAUUAGUUUUUUUUUUUUUUUUUUUUUAUAGUAUGGAUAGGGGACACAAGAUAAAAUCUGCUUCUGUUUUACUCUUUACUCCUCACAUAUAUAAGCAUUUCAACAGCUAUCGAAGUUUAAAUAUCCUCUUGGUAGAUUUGAAUGACAGCUGUUUGAAAGCAACUGGCAGUUCAGUUUCAGUCGCUCAUCACAGAUAAACAGUAGUUAAAGGGCAAUCAGUUGUUCCUUUGAAUCAAUUGCACUUUCGUAUAAAUAUUUAGAGCGUUUCCAUUAGUUCAACAAGUACAAGGAAAGGGGUCAUUGUAUUUACUUUACAUAACCAGACAUUUCAGUCCUUCAGUUUGAAAUAGGUUUAAUCCCAGGGUUGGAAAUUCAUAAUAUUCAUUUGAGCAAUAUGUAUUUAAUUUUUAACCCAAUGUAGCCUUGAAGGUUUUAGAAUUAAACAUUGUAACAGCAAAGGAGCCAAACUGCAGAAAAUUGAGACCCUAUUUUAUCCAAAUACUCAGAAAUUUUAAUGUUUAAAAACCCAAUUAUGUUUCUCAAACUUAAUCCUUUAUAAGUUAUUGUUAAUUCCUAAACCACGCGUUGUUUGCUCAGGAAGUUUUGUGAAUAAUAUAUUUUUUUCUUCUCCCUGUUAGUAUUUGAUGUUUUGUAAUGUGAAAAUGCUCUUUUUGUGGAACGAUAUUAGUAUGAAAUUGUACUGUAUUUCUUUUCUUUUACAUUAAAAUGUAAUUUUUUUUUUUUUUUUAGUUGGGGUAGUUUGUAAAAUGGAAACUUCCUGAUACUUUGACUAUUUCAUAAUAAACAGAUAUGCGCUGUGUUGUACAGUUUGUGUAUGGUAGAAAUAAACUUUUCAAACGGU